AAUUUGUAUGCGUGCGCAUAAAUUUCCUAGACGAGACAAUCUAGACAAUCUUUAGACUUGAUUCGCCCCAUAUAGGAUGAAACGGGUGUCGUCGGUUGGUUGGCAACACCGUGCGACUCUUCGGACCGGAGAAUUUAAAAAAAUCUGAGCGGGGUUAUCUAAUGGCAGCGGGAGAUCAGUUCUUCGCUGGUCGCGUCGAAAAACAGUCGGCUGCGAUCGGCUGCGCUCUCGCUUCGUGCUUUCGCGAGGAGGACAACAACCACGCUCGAAAAGGUUUCGAGUUCCAUUGCAGCCUGAGAGAUCCUACUUUGCUACCAAAGGAAAACUCGUUCUGCGAAGAGACGCUUUACUUCGUCUUUAAAUUCAAAAAAACAAGAACAAUGAAAGUGCCUGUCUUCUUAGUGCUUCUUUAUUGUCUUUGCAUCGAUGUUAGUCAUACUAGGGAGAUCACUCACGAGGAUAUAAAAGAUGCUAUGUUGAGUUUGGUGCAUAUGAUGCGAGAAAAUACAGAGAAGCUGGAAAGGCACGAGGCGAGAGAGCGGCAACUGGGCGAGCAACUAAAGAAGACUAUAACCGUACUAGUAAAGCGUGUGAGCGCAGUGGAUGGUCUGAAGAUGCAGCUGACCAAGUUGGAUGGGAAGAUCUCAGGAAUAGAACAACUAAUUGCACAGAGAGAUGAAAGAGAGCGUAUACAGAUGCAGAAAACGGCGGACAGUCUGGAGGAUCUGGAGAGCCGUCUGGAAGCCUGGCUCACUGAAAUUGAAAACAAAGUGGCAGAGGUGAGCAAUCGACCUGAGACGACGCCGGCGCCAAACAAUAAUCUCGUCGACAUUCUUGGCAAACUGAAUAGCACCGAGAGCAACUUAAUAGAGGAAAUGACAAGAUUGAAGGAAGGUUUACACGAUAACACAGCAAAGAGAGAGAAAGAUUCGAACGCGUUGAUGGAAAAGACGCGGAAAACCUUUUCAGAGGUUCAGGAUGUAGCCGCUAAGAUUGGGGAUAUCGAGAUCUCUCUGGAGAGGAUAAAGCAGAUAACACAAACUAUCCAAGAGAAACCGGCGGAGCAACAGGAUCCGAUUCCGACGGUCGAUGAGCACUUAAGGACCCUGGUACGAGUGCAGGAGUUAUUAGAGGAUACUUCCUACAGGAUACAGGAAUUACCUAGGAUAAAUAACAUACAAACAUUGCAUAAUGAGACGCAGACCAUGUUGCAAGAAGCAAAGCACGCCUUAAAGGAUAUUGUUACACGAGGCAUAGAUCAUAUUACAGACGGAGUAAAAGAAGCCAAAGAAGAGACAAAGAAUGCUGUGUCUGCAUUAAGGAUGGAUCUGGCUAACAACGCAGAGCGCGUUAAUCAUGAACUGCAGGAUCUGAGCAAGGGCCAAUCUGUAAUGGUCUCGAUGGCCGAUCACGUGUUGGACACGAAAAAGAGAGUGGAAUACGGCGUGCAUCAGAUCCUGUUAGAAGUGGGCGACUUAGUGAAGACCCAGGGCAACAACAUUAAUAGUACUCUCAACCAGAGAUUCGAUGGAAUCUCCAGUGAUAUUAUGGACAACCAGAACGGUGCACUGGCGAAUCUCACUAGCAAAAUGGAGCAGGAAAUGAACAAGGUCUGGAGACAGAUCAACGUUAUGUAUCAGCAGAUGACGGAGAGCGCCCGAGCUUUGGACAAGCUGCAUCAACAAAACGAAGCAUACGUUAAUGGUACCACGUCCACCAUGGGUGGAAUGGAAAGCAAGGUCGGCGAGAUAACGAAGCGCAUGAGGGAGGUGGAUGAGAAUUUGAAUUACCUGCUCGGUCGGCUGUCCCUGGUGACGCAGGAGUUCAACCAGAUCAAGACCGGCUUAGGAGCUGCCCUGGAUAACAUCAAAGCCUCUUUCAAAGUGGUACAGCAGAAGGCGUUGGAUUUGAGCCACCCUGGUCCGCAUCCUCUUCCGGAAAAUUACAACGUUGACUUAAAGGAACCCGAAACUAGGAAGCCGGAUGGUAAGACUCCGGUGGACUUCCUGAGUCAUCUGAGUAACGUGCCUUCCAACUGAUCCCAGGACCUCUAGAACCUUCCAAUUAAUUGCAUUUAUGCAUGCGAUAUAAAGUUUUAUAAGCAUAUGAAAAUUCUUUGGUAACCUGAUUUUUAUGAUCCUCUACAGUCAAUAGAUGAACAUUCUUUCUUUCAACGAUAUUUUAGGCGUACUCUAUCCUGUCCAUCUUCUCAUGGUGUAAACUGUUUGUUCUAGUUGUGACUGUAAAGUAAACCAUAUCUGAAUGUCAAGUCAAGCGGCUGCUGACUUGAGUUAGUCUCAGUAACUGGAGAAGGUAGCCAUCUCUUCAUUCUUAGCAAAUUAACGUUCAGCAGCAUCAUCUUCAUCAUCAUCAUUAUUAUCAUAAUAAUCAUCAUUGGAGACUCUGGAUCGCAAUACAUGGUGAAUCCUUGUUGAAUAUAUCGAGGUUCUGAAUCGCCUUAAUUUUUCUCACUCAUUGUUUGAGAAUUUUCUGUGCAAAAAUUGACAAACCAAUUACACAAUGAAUUAAUAUUUGUUACAGUAUAGUAUGUUACAUCUGUAAGAAUAUAAUCAAUAGACUGUGGAUGUUCAUGCAAGUAUGUGUGUCUUUAUGGAAAAUAUGUAAAAAACUUACUUUCCUGUGUAGUACUUGGAUAAAUAUCUUCAGCUUGAUAAUUAGUAUAUUAGAUACAUAUUAACUCUCAAUAAUUCACUUCGAUACUUCUACGCAUAGAAGAGGCAGGAUACUACGUUAUUAAGAUAUCGUAGGUGUUAGUCGAAUGUUAUAUUUCUAUCGCCGCUAGCUAUAACGAAAUAAAUAAAACAGCUACAAAAGAAAAA